GGCACCAUGGGCCCCCUGCUCCGCCGCCUGCUGUUUGCGGCGCUCCUGCAGCUGGCCCCCGCCCAGGCCUCCAUCUCCCAGCCUGAUGCCCCUGGCCACCAGAAGAAAGUGGUGUCAUGGAUAGAUGUGUAUGCUCGUGCCACCUGCCAGCCACGGGAGGUGGUUGUGCCCCUAACUCUGGAGCUCAUGGGCACUGUGGCCAAACAACUAGUACCCAGCUGUGUGACUGUGCAGCGCUGUGGUGGCUGCUGCCCUGACGAUGGCCUGGAGUGUGUGCCUACUGGGCAGCACCAAGUCCGAAUGCAGAUCCUCAUGAUCCGGUAUCCAAGCAGUCAGCUGGGGGAAAUGUCCCUGGAAGAACACAGCCAGUGUGAAUGCAGACCAAAAAAAAAAGAGAGUGCUGUGAAGCCAGACAGGGCUGACACUCCCCACCACCAUCCCCAGCCCCGCUCUGUUCCUGGCUGGGACUCUGCCCCCGGAGCACCCUCCCAAGCUGACAUCACCCAUCCCACUCCAGCCCCAGGCCCCUCUGCCCAUGCUGUACCCAGCGCCACCAGCGCCCUCACCCCAGGACCUGCCGCUGCCACUGCAGACGCCGUGGCUUCCUCCGUUGCCAAGGGCGGGGCUUAGAGCUCAACCCAGACACCUGCAGAACCCCCUUCCUCUCCUCCUUAGGUGCCGGAAGCUGCGAAAGUGACACAUUGCUUUUCAGACUCAGCGGGACCCCUUGCCUCAUAGGCCACACCCCAGAGGGGGACUAAAGGGCAGCCUAGUGAGAACAGUCCAGUCCCCCAAGACCUCAGCCCAGGUGAAAGCUGCUCCAGGACCUACCUGGGCCUCUCAGAGGGAUUUCUGGUCAUCUCUUAUCUCUGCAAGGCUGUUAUCCAACAUGGUGGGCAGAAUUGGAUGAGACUUGGGAGGCAGCAAGAGGGGCCAUGUACCUGUGCAAGUGAGCAUCUUACAACUGGUCUCUUCCUGCCCUUACUAAGAAGACCCUGAUCCUCUGCAAAUAAUGGGAGUUGGGCUUUGGUAUGAGAACUGUGACCCUAGAUCCUGAUAAAAGAGAUGGAAGGAGCUGUC